AUGACGGCAUCAACAUCAUCGACUGAGCCGUCGGCUAUUAGCAACCGGCUCAAAACCCGGGGCAUAGCCAACGGGCCCAAUCCAAAGGGCAUGGUGGGCCCACCAGCGUCAAUGUCCAAAAUAUCCCAAAGCGCCGAGCUGGACGAGUACACAGCUAGUAUGCGGAAUUAUCUAGCUGGUGUGGAAAACAGCCGGUGUCAGUCCACGAGAGACCGCCGCUCCGAGUCUGUCUCCAGCAAUAGCAAUGUGGACAGCAGCGGGAGCGACAGGGAGAAAUCCCCCGAGUUUCAGUGGAUGGACCUGGCCGCUGUGCGGAGGGCGCACGGAGCAGUGGACCUGAACAGGCUUCCCAACACCAACGGACUACCGAAAAGUUUGAGAACGAAGCAGUUAAACCAGCCUGGUUCUCCCAGUGUCGGCCUUUCGAAGGACAGUCGGCAUCAUCUUCACCAGCAUCGGCAACGGGAAAAUCGAUCCAUUAGUCCUGGGAUCGAGGGCGUAAAGAAGAAGCAUAUCUCAUACACACGUCGGAGUCAACUGCAUCUGCAAUCGUUGGGAGUUCGGUCAUCCCAAAAAGACUGCACAUAA